CUUUCUUUCUGUCAACACAGACAUUUAAAUCUAAAUUUAUCGACAACCAGGAAGUAAAUUACAGCCUCGCUUUAAAUUCACAGGUGUAAAUUCAUUCAAAAUGGCUGAUCACUAAAGUCACCUUGGAGAUAAACAAUGGCUCUAUCGAAAGCACAAAUACCAGGUACACCUCAACACUUUUUAGAGUGUGGUAUUGAAGACUGUGAGAGAAACUGUGAAUUCUACUGCAAUGUUUGUCACACUAGAUUAUGCAAACAAUGCAGGGAUGAACAUCAAAGAAGUCUAGAGACAAAAAGCCAUGAAAUAGUGCUAUAUCAACAACGGAAACGGCAACUACCCACAGAAAAAUGCAAGAUCCACCCCACCAAGUUAAUAGAACUUCUUUGUGAUGAAUGUAAAAUACUGAUUUGUUCCAAAUGCACUGCCACAUCAGCACACAGAGGUCACACAUUCACUGAUCUGGAAUCAAUUUAUACAGAGAAGUUUUCCCAUUGUCAAGAAGAAAUUGCAAAAAUUCAUGAGUAUUUCCUGCCAACAUCACAAGACAUACAGAGAGAAAUAAAGGAAGACGCCACAGAAAUCAAGAAGGCAAUGGACAACAUAAGAACCUCCAUGAAGGCUGAAGCAGACUCCCUUAAAACUCUGGUGGACUCAGUAACUACUGAAAAUAUGGAAGAGGUGAACAAAAUAGAGCAGUCAUUACUGGAAAAAUUAAAUAAUCAAGAAACAACAAUAGAAAAGUAUACUACCUAUCUCAAUGACCUGGAUAGAAAGUUCCAUGUUUAUUUGUCCUCUUUGAAGCCUUCAAAACUUUUCACUGCAGAGGACAUACAAAUCCAACCCAUACCAGUGACAACAAAACCAGUGAUGCCUGUAUUUACUGCUGGAAAGUACAGAAUAGAGGAUAUUGCCAAACUACUGGGGAAAGUAACUUCUCCAAACAUAAAAGAAGAGGUAAGAAAAGUACAGCCUCUUAGAUCAAAAACUCAAAAAUCAAAUCAGAAAUCAACAACCUAUCAAGUAAUGAAAGACAGUAAAUCAACAUCUAAUGUGAAACAAAAACUGUUUAUAUCUUCCUCUGUCACUGAGGUCAGGGAGUUCACAGUACCAGGUGUUGACAGAGUGUACCAUAUGUCACUAGAUCAGUCAGGCAGACUCUGGGUCAGUGAUCAUAUUGGUAACCUUGUCCAAACAGAUCUACAGGGGAAUCAGUUACAGAAGAUACAAACAGGAGGUGGACGAGGUUACCACACAGUGGCACAGGAGGGGGAUCUGAUCUUUACAAACAUGUACAAGAACGUCAUCAAUAGGAUAACACUGGAUAACAAUAUCACUGAAUUCAUUAAAACAGGAGACUGGGAACCAAUCAGCAUACACUCCUCCCACAUCAAUGGGGACUUACUGGUGGGGAUGGAGAAGGGUGUAGAGGCUAAAAUCACCAGGUAUAACAAGACAGGGAAAGAAAUACAGAACAUACAGAGGGAUAACAAAGGACGGGAACUGUAUAGUUCACCAUACUAUAUAACAGAAAAUAUCAAUGGAGAUAUAUGUACAUUAGACUUAGAUGAAGCAACAGUAGUGGUGGUGAAUAAAUCUGGACAACACAGAUUCUCCUACACAGGUCAGGAGUCAGGAGGGUUCCAUCCCUGUGGUGGAAUCUGUACUGAUGUCCUUGGUCACAUACUGGUGUGUGAUGGUGUCAAUAUUCACCUCCUUGAUAAGGAUGGUCAAUUCUUAUCUCUACUACUCACACCAAAACAAGUAUCUGAUCCCAUUAGUGUAUGUGUGGAUGAUGAGAACAAUCUUUACGUGGGACAAGGAAGCAAUACAAUCAAAGUCAUUAAAUAUCUGGAAUAGGAUUUUUAUUAUCUAAAUGACUGCAAAGCAAAACUAUGACAAAAGUCUAUAAGUAUAAGGUAAAAGGUUAUACAUUAUUAUCGUCAUAUAAAUGAGAUUUCUUCUCAUAAAUAUGAAAUAAUUAACUUGUAAGAACGAGAAAAUAAUCUCAAUAUAUCUCUCAAAAAUCUUUAAAAACUUGUUUUCGGGUAAAUCAUGCAUUAAUGUCAGAUCGUAAAAUCGCAUCAACAUGACACAUGAUACACGAGUCAAAUAUUAUUCAAUUUGCAUGAACAAAUUAGAGUGCACGCACGAAAACCUUGUCAACCUAGUAACAAAGAUUCCUUCCAUCUAAGUGUUUGAAUGUACCCCACCUAUGCUGUAGUAAAUAAUGAGAACAUAUAUAAUCCAAAAUACUGUAGAUUGGCAACUAAUCCUGAUGGUUUAUAUUUCACUAUUUUCGUGUUUGAUCACUUUUUCGCGAAAUUAAACCCAUCUCGAAUGCUAAUAUUUGUUUAAUAAAGUGUUUUGAUGCUUAUACGAACUUUGAAUUGAUUUCUUGGGGGUGUGAAUUGAAUCAAAACGAUUGCGAUUGCAUGGUACCUGAUUGUGUUAGAGUUUUUAAAAUGCCAAUUGCUGUCUUGUAAAUUAUAUUUAUAAAAAUUCUAAGACCUAAUAAAGCUUCAAAACACUUAUCAUAUAUUUUUUUAAUUUUUGAUUGUAAAACUGUUCUUUUAUUGAGACAGAAUUUGAAAUG